CAUGUCGCUCCUCCUCAAAACAUCACAAAGACGAACACACGCUCAGCAAAUAAUAGAGUUUCUGAAAAGAGGCGAAGGAAAAUGUGCUGUACUAACAGGAGCCGGAGUCUCCACCGAUAGCGGUGUACCAGAUUACCGUGGACCAAGCGGCGUAUACGUUCGUAACAAGGACUACAAACCCAUUCGAUAUCAAGAGUUUGUUUCUUCCCAUUCCAUACGACAGCGGUACUGGGCACGAUCCUAUCUUGGAUACCCGCGAAUUCUCCAGGCGCGUCCGAAUAGGACACACUUUGCGAUACACGAGUUGGAGAAGAGGAGUUGGGUCAAUGGCAUCGUAACGCAGAAUGUAGAUGGCUUACAUCUGGGGAAUAAUGUUUUGGAACUGCAUGGAAGCUUGCACAAGGUACAUUGUUUAUCAUGUCACCACACCAUUCCCCGCGCGGAAUUUCAGAGGAAAUUGUCACUGCUCAACCCAAUAUUGGCAGAGUGGGCAAUAUUAAACCCGGAUCGUGAAGCAGGUGACGUGGCGAGCAGUGUAAAUCCGGAUGGUGAUUUAGAAAUCACCUGGGAUUACUCCGACUUUGUCUACCCGGCAUGCGAUGCCUGUGGCGUGGGCAUGUAUAAACCUAGCGUCGUCUUCUUUGGCGAAAACAUUCCGUCAACGGUUCGCGAUGAAUCCUUUUCUCUCAUCGACACCUCAAAUUCUGUGCUGGCCGUUGGUACGUCAUUGCAAGUCUACAGCGCGUUUCGUCUUAUACAGCGCGCAAAGGCGCAGGGAAAACGAGUGGCUGUUUUAUCUUUGGGACCUACAAGGGCGGAUGGUGUCGUGGACGUCAAAGUGGAUGAUGGAUCUUCAGAUGUUUUAGAAGAUGUUGUGGAGGGACUGGCAUAAAGUGAUAGGUUCAAGUGGGUGCCUUUCCUGCCAAUUUGACGGAACGCACGUAUCUCUGAUGGUCAGCAUCGGAUUCUGCUGCUCGGCUGCUCAUCCUCGGUCCAAUCUCGGAAGAAACUGGGCGAAAAGAAGGGAACGUAUCUUGUAUGUGGCCGUGAUAGGCCGACCCUGGGGAAACUAGGCCCCGUUAGAUUUCGUUUGAUGUCGAAAUGCUUGAAGGUGUUGAUAGCAGGUUAUGGCUGUAUUGGCUUCAUAGGGACAAUAUAUUUAUAGGACAACUCUGAGAA